AUGUCUCGAAGAUUACUUCAACUCCAAGAAACACCUCCUUCAUCUUCAUCCUCUUCCUCCUCUCCCUCCUCGCACCCGCGUCAUGUCUCGGGAGCUUUGUUCUUUUUACUUGGAGGGAUCGUAGUUCUCAUCAUAUUGCUCAUUCUUCUCUGUGUAUUUUGGAAGCGUAUUAAACGUGUCCCGCACGAACUACCAGAGAAGACAGCUUCACCACCUGUUGAGACUCAGAAUCAUGGACUCAUGGAGUUCAUCAGUGGAAACCUUAGGACAAUAAGCUACUUCGAUUUCCAAACAUUGAGAAAGGCCACCAAGAAUUUUCAUCGCAGAAACCUUCUAGGAAGUGGCGGAUUUGGCCCGGUAUAUCAGGGAAAGUUGGUAGAUGGAAGACUAGUUGCUUGUAAGAAACUGUCUCUUGAUAAAUCUCACCAAGGCGAAAGAGAGUUUCUAGCAGAAGUGAGAAUGAUCACAAGCAUCCAGCACAAAAACCUCGUUCGCCUUCUUGGCUGUUGCUCGGAUGGACCUCAAAGGAUACUUGUUUAUGAAUACAUGAAGAACAGAAGUUUAGACCUCUUUGUUCAUGGGAAUACCGAUGAGUUUCUUACCUGGAGCACUAGAUUCCAAAUUAUUCUUGGAGUAGCGCGGGGAUUGCAAUACCUUCAUGAGGAUUCGCAUGUAAGAAUUGUUCACCGCGAUAUCAAAGCAAGCAACAUUCUUCUUGACGAAAAGUUUCAGCCAAGGAUUGGUGAUUUUGGACUAGCUAGAUUCUUCCCUGAAGACCAAGCUUACCUUAGCACUCAAUUUGCCGGAACAUUAGGCUAUACGGCUCCAGAAUAUGCAAUCAGAGGAGAGUUAUCUGAAAAGGCAGACAUAUAUAGUUUUGGAGUUCUCGUGCUUGAAAUAAUCAGCUGUAGAAAAAACACAGAUCUCACUUUACCAUCAGAGAUGCAGUACCUCCCUGAAUAUGCAUGGAAACUUUAUGAGAAGUCAAUGGUGAUGGAUCUUAUAGAUCCAAAGCUGAGAGAAAAAGGAUAUGUAGAAAAGGAUGUUAUGCAAGCAUUUCAUGUGGCAUUUUUGUGUCUUCAGCCACAUCCAGAUUUGAGACCUGCAAUGUCACAGAUUGUAGCAUUGUUGACAUUUAAAAUCGAUAUGGUUACAACACCAAUGAGGCCGGCUUUCCUCGAUCGAAGGCGCGUAAUGGAUGAUGAGAACCACUCUUGGGAAGUCAUAUCUGAGGUUUUGCAAACUCCUAUGGCUAGUGAUUCCAUGUUGUAA